AUGGAGGUGGCGACGGGAUCCCUGUGUGGACCUGCUCGACAACGUCUGAAGAGGUUGGUAUCUUGGCUCCAGAGGAUGGGCCGUGUCUCGCGGCGGGAAGCAAUUGAUGCCCUGCCGGCGGCCAGCCGUGAUGCCUUACUUCAGUUUAUGACUUCUUGGAAGGCCAGUGGUGGUGCCGUCAGGGUACCGAGUGACUUCUCGCAGGCUCAGACUCGGGUCAUGCACUCAAAGAAGCCUUUGCAGGCCCGAAGCCCAAAGCGCAGCCGUGGUGGCGUGCGCCGUGUGAGGCAAGGGGCUUUUCAAGCCACCAUCUGCUUCUGUCGUUUGAUGGUCCGGUCUGCUACAACGCACUGCCACUUGCGAGCCAAGGCUUUUCAUGCGGUGCUUGCACGCCUUUACGAGCUUGCGAUGGGUGCUCGCGGAAGUAGCACCGAACUCCAAGAGGACCAUAUAGCUUGGGCAACGGAAAUCGCCUUGGCCGAAUCUGGACUCUGCGAGGCCGACCUGAGGCCAAGCUAUGCAGCAGUGGUUAGCUCCGGAUGCUUGGCCGGUGUUAUCGAGUCGCCAACGACGUCAUCUCUGACACAGGCCUUGGCUUGGCGUUGGCGGCUUGGGUUGGCACGUGACCAUGGUUGGACGGAGUUGCAGAAGGUAUGGGUCGAGGUGCUGCGUGAAGCUCGGCCGGGUGGCAGCCGCCCCAUGUCGGCAGAGAAAGCCAUCCUGCGUGUGCGAACUGCAUGGCAGCGCCAGGCCGGUCGUCGGCAGGCGAUCAAUACGAACUCUGAGGUGCGGCUCAGUCGACGGGUUCAACGCUUGGCUGCCUCAAACCUGCGCAGGUGUGCAGCUGCAGAUGCUCGCCUGAAGGAGCUGGUGACCCAGGCUGGCAAACGAUGGGAAGGGAUUCUGAGGAGGGCCGCUGGCGGCAAGGGAUAUGCCAAGAGGCGAAGAUCGGACAGCUGUCAGCCUCGUCAGACCUAG